ACGACGAACGGCUGGACUUCAAGCUAUGAGCAAUGAAAUAGGCCCAAAUGCAAUCUCUUCCUUCCAAUUUCAAGGAUCACCUGCCCUUGCUGCGCUCGCUGACCUUCAUGCCAAGCCCUACUUCAAUCAGCUCAGCGCACAGAAAGCCGUUCGAGACCUUUUCUCUAAUGAAGGCACAGACUCAGCAUUUCUGGCGGAUUUUAAGGCGUUGUAUACCAAUCCGAUAGUAGCUCCCGCUGUCCCCGCCCUCACGGCUUGA